GACCGCAGAGGAUGAAAUGCAAUAUUGGCCAUCGGUUGUGGGCAAUAAUAGAUGAUAUCGAUCCCACCCCCAAUUCCAGAAGAUAGGAUCGACUGCGUUUUGCUUACCCUUUAAUAAUGUUGGCCUCCAAUCUCCUCAAACUCCAUCCUUCUCAAACUACUCUCAAAUCCCCACCUCCGAUCCUAAGCUUCAAGUCUCUUCUCUCUCCACCUCGCUCCAUUCCUUUUACACACCCUCACCUCCCUCUCUCACAAAAGCCCUUAUGCAGACUGACUACCUGCUCGUUUCACCCAACCCAAGAGGCCUCUUCCACCUCCUACUCCCCACCCUUCACCAAAGAAGAAGCAAUCUCCCAGGCCAAGACCUGCCUCUCCACCACCUUGCAGAAACCCCUCAACAACCCAAUCCCCCUCCCCACCAGGAAGCUAAAGAAACAGCGGCAGCCCAGAUACCGAGUCGAGAUACCGGUCCUCGAUGAGUCGCCCGACUCGCUCGCGCAACUCGCCUUCAACUUCUUCUCAGACCUUCCCGUCACCAAAAAGGGCUCUAAACCAAACAUACUGAUCCUCUGGUCCACUCCAAAACUAGCCGAAUUUGCCCAACAGGCUUUCAGCUUGGUCGACUCGGUCAUCAACUCGGACUUGGGUUCUAUUACUUCUGAAGUCCUGAGUUCUGGCGACUUGGCGGUGUUUUUGGCGCCGGAGGCGUCCCAGGUGGAGGAGAUAAGAACGGUCACUAACGGUCUGAAUCCCAAACCCGUGGUGUUGUUCAACCCCAAGUGGGGGUUUGAGGAGGAGAAGGACUUGGAUGGGGGAAUGGGGAGCUUCGUCGGGUCUUUCGACGUGGUGUAUUCGUUCAUGGGAUUGGAGGUGAGAGGAGUUCUCAGCAGAAGGAAGGGUGUGGUGUUCAAGUGUGUGAGGGAUGGGGUGUUGAGUGGGGAGGGGUGGGUGGUGAUGGUGGAGGAGGAAGGGAAGAGUGGGGAGUUGAAAGUGGUUUCGAGGUUUAGGAGGCGGCCGUCCAUCGGCGAGGUGGAGAGCGUUCUGUAUAAUCUCAUGGCUGCCAAUUCCCCUGUGACCAAGUCCGUCAAGUUUCUUAGAGAUCUGGCAUCAAAUGUGACGGGAAAGAAGGCAAGGAAGUGAGCUUUUGUUUCUGUGAAAAUUUUCAGGUUUUUGUGCAAGAUUCCUGUCACUGUAAUCGUGCAAGAUGUUUGGUCGUUUUCCAGAGUAAUUGACAUUUGCACUCGAGUAUGACCAAUCUCAAUGUUGAAUUUCUAAUGCGCAUGGAUUUACGACUGUUUU